AUGGGUCUCGCCUUUUCAAAGAUUUUCGACAAGCUGUGGGGGAAGAAGGAGAUGCGAAUCCUGAUGGUCGGUCUCGACGCCGCCGGUAAAACCACCAUCCUCUACAAGCUCAAGCUUGGUGAGAUCGUCACCACCAUCCCCACCAUCGGCUUCAACGUCGAGACUGUCGAGUACAAGAACAUUCAGUUCACCGUCUGGGAUGUCGGUGGUCAGGACAAGAUCCGUCCUCUGUGGAGGCACUACUUCCAGAACACCCAGGGUAUCAUUUUCGUUGUCGACAGCAACGAUCGUGAUCGUAUUGUUGAGGCUCGUGAGGAACUCCAGCGCAUGCUCAACGAGGAUGAGCUGCGGGAUGCCAUCCUCCUGGUAUUUGCCAACAAGCAGGAUCUUCCUAACGCCAUGAACGCUGCCGAGAUCACAGACAAGCUUGGCCUUCACAGCCUGCGCCAACGUGCCUGGUACAUCCAGUCCACCUGCGCCACCUCUGGAGAUGGUCUGUACGAGGGUCUCGAGUGGCUCGCCACCACCCUCCGCAAGGCUGGCCACCAGUAG